CAAAGAAUUGAAAUACAUAAGCUUCGUCAAGGUGACAACUUGAUUCUGGGAUUCAGCAUCGGAGGUGGCAUCGACCAGGAUCCUGCUCAGAAUCCUUUCUCUGAAGACAAGACUGACAAGGGUAUCUAUGUAACGAGGGUGACAGAAGGAGGCCCAGCAGAAGUUGCAGGACUUCAGAUCGGAGAUAAGAUCAUGCAGGUGAAUGGCUGGGAUAUGACAAUGGUGACCCACGACCAAGCUAGGAAGAGGCUGACCAAAAGGAAUGAGGAGGUGGUGCGGCUGCUGGUGACCAGGCAAUCUCUGCAGAAGGCUGUGCAACAGUCCAUGAUGCCCUAAUCAGCCGAGCUGGGGAGGGAGAGGUGUAGACUGGUGGCAAGAAGGAAGCAAAUACUAGGCCUGAACAGUUGUCUGGAUGAGUGCAUGUUCCUAACUGUGGUAAACACUUUUUUUUCCCCUUUCUUUGGUGUAACUGGCAGUAGCAAAACUCUAGUCCCCCCCA